GCAAGGAGGCGGAAUACAAGCCAAGCCGGCGCCGCGAGAGUCUUCUAAAGUUCUACCCCCACCGAAUAUCGAGGAGAAGAUGGCGGCCGCCGGCAGCAGCAGGUUCGCCGCCGCAUGCGGGCUCCUGCGGCAGUACAUGAUGAGGGAGCAGCCGCAGCAGCAGCUUGGGGGCCUCGACGGCGCGUUGCGGCCGCCGCCGCCACUGGCGGCGGCGGCGGAGGCCGAGGAGACGGACGGCAGGACCAUGCAGCUCUUCCCCACGCGCGCCGGCACGUCGCAGCCGCCGUCCCAACAGCAACCGGUGAUGCGGGAAAAGGCGCCGCUGACCAUCGUCUACGACGGCCGGGUGCUCGUGUUCGAGGACUUCCCGGCCGACAAGGCCGAGGAGCUGAUGCAGCUGGCCGGCUCGGGCACCUCGGCUGCGCCGCAGAAUAAAGAAGCGCCGGCGGCUGUGCAGCAGGAGAAGCCAGCAGCCGCCAACCAGUCGGCGGCGGCGCUACCUGACCUGCCCAUCGCGAGGAACGAAUCGCUCCAGAGGUUCCUCCAGAAGAGGAAGCACAGGAUCAACGCCACCAAGCCUUACAGCAAGGUGACGGCGUCCCCGGUGCCGGAGAAGGACAUUGCCGGCAGCGGCGAGCCUGCCAGAGAUGAGCCUGCUGCCGCCUCAUGGCUCCGGCUCUGAAAACGUUCAGAGUUCAGGGCUCAGUACGUUAGUCCGUAAUGGGAAAUUUCAUCCAAAGGGGUAGAAUAGUACUGACUAUUAUCCUCCAUGGUGAUUUUAAUCUAGGUUGGUUAUCUCUGUUUGAGAAUUCUUCAGCACUCCAAAGAAUUCUUUAUUUACCAAUUAAUUAAUCUGGGAUUGAUGUAGACCCUAUAUUUUUCAUUCAUUGGGAUGUUAAUGUACAAUUGCAUUAUUCCAUAUUAUUAAUUAAGAAUAAUGACCAGUUGUCGCUAA